AUGGCUGAAGCAGUAGACAGAAUACUAAUCGUUGAUAGUCCAAUUAUUCAGGAUACAUCAAUUCAAAAGGAAAAUUUGAUUAGUAUUUUUCCUUCAUCUGGAUCUUCUUUGAAUCAGCAUGGUGAAAUAAACUUUAUCAUCGAAACUUGUGAUCAAUAUCUAUUACUUCAUAAAUCUUAUAUUUAUUUAGAAACUUCCUUGAGUAAAAGUGAUGCCGCAGGAUCACCACUUGCAGAUACAGAUGAAGUAUCAUUAACAAACAAUGGACCUAUGUUCUUAUUUGAUAGAGCAACUUACUCAAUGGAUGGUAUGCAAGUUGAAAAUAUCAUUGAUCCUGGAAGAGCAACACUAUUAAAAGGCCUCCUUACUUAUUCUUCAACAAUGAAUAAACAAAAUACUUUUGGUUGGAUCCUUGAGACAAAGGAUAUCAUGACUUAUAAAAUAAAUAAAUAUACAAAAAAUAGAAAAGGUAACCUUACUACUGCUAAGAUGACUAUUAAUAAACUUCAAUGGAUAAUUCCUAAAAUUAUGCCUAGUCUUGAGAUGCAAAACAAACUUCUAAACCUUUUUGAAAGUAAUAAAUUAGUUGUAAUGCCUUUUAUAUCUCGUCAAUUUGAAAGUUAUAACAUACCAAAUGGUAAUAGAGAAUUUACUUGGAAACUAGGAACUAAAUAUGAUAAAAUAAAAUACCUUGUCAUAGCAUUUCAAACUGCUAGGGACAAUAAUUAUCUGAAUGCUGCAAAGUUCGAUAACUGUGGGCUUGAAGAAAUCUACGUUGAACUCAAUAGUGAAAGAUAUCCAUAUGAAUGCUUAAAAUUCGAUUUUGAUAAAUUUAAUGCAGUUCAGCAAUACAAUUUUGCUAAAGAAUUUAGGAAUAGUUAUUAUGAAAGUAUCAAGGAUUACAUAUUUAUGGAAGAAGAUGUGUAUUAUUAUUAUUAUCCGCUUCUAGUAUUUGAUGUAUCAAAACAGAAUGAUAGAAUUAUUGCAUCUCGACCAGAUGUUACAAUAAAAGCCAGCUUCGCUAAAAACAUUGCUCAAAGUACUAAAUGUUACUGUCUGAUUCUUUCAGAAAAUGUUGUUGAAAUCAAGGAUAAUAGAGUUAAGGUUGUCAGUAUUUGA